GCGCCGCUGGACCUGGACAAGUACGUGGAGAUCGCGCGGCUCUGCAAGUACCUGCCCGAGAACGACCUCAAGCGCUUAUGCGAUUACGUGUGUGACCUACUGUUGGAAGAAUCCAAUGUGCAGCCAGUAUCGACGCCAGUUACGGUCUGUGGAGAUAUACACGGGCAGUUUUAUGACUUAUGUGAAUUAUUCAGAACUGGAGGUCAGGUUCCUGACACAAACUAUAUAUUUAUGGGUGACUUCGUAGACAGAGGUUACUAUAGUCUCGAGACUUUCACCUACCUUCUUGCACUAAAAGCUAAAUGGCCCGAUCGUAUCACGCUUUUACGGGGCAAUCAUGAAAGCAGGCAGAUAACACAAGUGUACGGAUUUUAUGAUGAGUGCCAAACCAAAUAUGGAAAUGCUAAUGCUUGGAGAUACUGUACCAAAGUGUUCGACAUGCUCACAGUAGCAGCUUUAAUAGAUGAGCAGAUUCUCUGUGUACAUGGUGGCCUAUCUCCCGACAUCAAGACACUGGAUCAGAUUCGAACCAUUGAACGUAAUCAAGAAAUUCCUCACAAAGGAGCCUUCUGUGACCUCGUUUGGUCUGACCCAGAGGAUGUUGAUACCUGGGCAAUUAGUCCCCGAGGAGCAGGCUGGCUGUUUGGUGCAAAGGUCACAAAUGAGUUUGUUCAUAUCAACAACUUAAAACUCAUCUGCAGAGCGCAUCAGCUAGUGCAUGAAGGCUAUAAAUUCAUGUUUGAUGAGAAAUUGGUAACAGUAUGGUCUGCGCCGAAUUACUGCUACCGCUGCGGAAAUAUUGCAUCAAUCAUGGUCUUUAAAGAUGUAAAUACAAGAGAACCAAAGCUAUUUCGCGCAGUUCCAGACUCAGAACGUGUAAUUCCUCCUAGAACAACUACACCGUAUUUUCUUUGAGAUCUUUUCCCGUCCUGCUGUUUCCCCCAUUCCCUUGUACUAUCCCUCUACAAUAUACUUUUUAUUGAGCACUUUGCUGCUGAAAUGCUGCCUCUUGCCUUUUUUUAUUUUUAAAUUAUCUAAAUUUAUUGUGUAUGAUGGAGUCUGUAGCGAAUAUACCUUGAUUUCCCCACCCUGGAUCAAAUUGAGAAUGCUUGUGAAAUGUCCUCACCAUUUAUACUGCUGCAUAUAGUUCUUGUAUAUUUCUGGUUGUAGGUGAAAUGUUUUCCCUCUUUAAAAAAAAAAAUUUAAAAAAAUCAUAAAUGCAUUGGAACUAUUUGGAUAGCCCACUAUGUCAUUCAACGUUUUGUUUGGUAAGUUUUAAGAAAUUUCAGCAGCAAAGUUACCUGGUGUGCACGAUGGGACCGUAAAUGCGUUGUGUUGUGUACACAUCUCCAAGGCAUAAAACUGAAUUUGUCCUUGUUAUAUCUUGUUUUAAGUGGAUAUGAAAUAAAGUGGUCUAAAGGGCUGUUCCCUCUUGUUUUUUUAGGAUUCCAAUUAAAAUAGAAAGAAUGUGCUACAGCUAUUGAAUUUGUACAUUAAAAUAAUUGUUCUGAUUUUUUCAGAUACCUUGUAUUUUUAAUAAAGUCAUAUCUUAAAUGAAAUCCACCUCCUAGGUUAAAUAUUGCAAAUAAAAAUCCUGCAUUGUUGA